CUCACCACACUGGUAUCCACUUGAUACUGAUACUAUAUAUGAAUAUGACAAUAUCAGCACACUGAUACUGAUACUAUAUAUGAAGAUGACAAUAUCACCACACUGGUAUCCACUUGAUACUGAUACUAUAUAUGAAUAUGACAAUAUCAGCACACUGGUAUCCACUUGAUACUGAUCCUAUGGUCUCCACAUAAGUGGUACUCUUGCAAUGGUUCUUCCGAGGAUGGUAACGUAAGAGCAGACGUUUGCAUGAAGUGAGCUGAUAUACAUCAAGUGUGACUCACUAAAAUGUGUUUUGACCUGCAGGAGGUAUUUUCCUCAGGCGUGUGCUUCAAAAGUGCCCACUUCACAUUAUUUGUCUUUAUUACCACUUUUGUGGUCCGGGGGAUUUGAAAAAGCCGCCGUUGUUUCCCGACACACGCCGGCCGCCCCUCCUUUUUUUUCCCCCCCUCGGACGACCUCAGCUGAGAUGUGCGCCAGUGGGCUCGGAGCCUCCCCCGGGAGAGGUCUGUGCAGGAACACCACACCCUGAGCCCAGGACCAUGGCAAGGUGCGGGAGGCUUUAGAGCGAGAAGAACCAUGAGGAGGUUUCUGCGAGGAGGACUGAGGGAGGAGGACUGCAGUCAGAUCCACUAUCUGACCGCCAAGUGCUCCCGCCUGGCCCGGGACAAAGGUAAGCUUUGUCCGAGCGAGAGGUGGUGUUGUGCCGGGAGAGAGAGAAGAAGCUGCAGAAAGACUUGCAGAAUGUGUCUGCUCAACUCCUCCACCUGGAGAAGACCAACAUGCAUCUGAAGAGGACGCGGGACCACCUGCUGGGAAACAUGCGUCAGCAGCAGGAGCUGGUGGACAACUUGCGGCGGCGUGUCUUUCUCCUGGUGGAGGAAAGUGAGCGUGAUGAAGAAGUGACACGUCAGGUGACCUCAGAGCUGCUCUGCCUCCAGAGCUCCGAGGUGCAGCUGCAGGGCCUGCUGGAGGAGCUGCACGCCGAGGCCCAGCACACAGACAAAGCGGAGGAGGGCCCCGCGGCGGAGCCGCACGCCGAGGCCCUCUGCGCAGACGCACGGACACAGAGUCUCCUGGCGGAGCUGCAAAGUAAGACUGCAGAGUUAGAAGAUCUUCAGCACACUAAGAAGAUGCUGAUGGAAGAACUGAGAGACUCUGCAGUUGCACAUGAAGAGCAGGUGGCGGCCCUGCGGCGGCAGAACGAGGGCAGCGUGAAGAAGCUCCAGGACACCGUGGAGCAGUUUGAGUGGCUGUGUCAGCAACAACGAUACUGGGCGGACUACAUCAAGAGGUUCAAAGACUGCCUGGUGGAGGAGAGAGAAAGUCUUCUGCAUCGAGUGAACACUCUGGAGAGAGAAGCUGAAACAUGGAAGAAGUCACGUGAUGGAAGUCUCCACACAGCUCCACACUGCCCCCUGCAGGAUGAUCACUCUCAUAGGUCCUCGUGGGACAGCAAUGAAGAGGCAGAGCUAGAGCACCAGGUGAUGAGGUCAAAGGUCGUGUAUGAGGCGCACCAGGACUCAGUCAUGGCGUCGCUGCCAGCAGGGGGCCGUGAGAAGUGCAUCUCUCCUGCUGCUCCCAGUAUCGCAGUCCAGCUGUCUGCCAGCGGAAGAGACGAUCCAGAAAUGAUCUGACAGAACGAUAACAACCUUGAAAAGACUUGAAGUACAGACUGGAUUUGAUUCUUUACCGUCGUCAAAAGAUCAUGUUUCCACUUCCUGUUCACAGUCAACAUUUUCCAACCGUUUUUGACCUUCAAACAUUCCUCUUAGUCGGGACAAUAAAUGCUCCUAUUUUUUCCUCAUACAAAUUAAAAAAAAUAAUUCACAAAUUACCGGUUUUCCCGAAAUUCCAGGAAUUCCAAAAUACCCAUUCUCAAUUCAAACUGUUACUACUCCAACAUUUUUCAACCCAUUCCAAAAAUCCCAACACCGACACAUUCCUAUCAUCCAGGACAACUGUGCUAGUAUCACUCAUUUCCUUUUUUCCCCA